GAAGUGGCACAGCGCCUUCCCACCACGCAGCAGUUCCUUCGUGAGAUGUGGGAGCUUUACGACCAAUCCGGCCCAUCAAGGCCAUCCAAAGACUUUGCCAGAGACGAAGUACGAUGUGUAGAUGCGAAGCUCCACUACGGCAUGAAGCAGGUGGACCCGAUCAAGAAGAUUGUCUUCCACGACAAGCAAGGUCAGCCACGCCUUUUUGAGGAUCAUGAUGCGAACCCCCUGCGUCAGAAGUUUUUCGUGCUCUGGAGCCCCCCCGACGAGUUGGAGCAAACGGACGUGCCGCAAAGGCUGUCCAUGGCAGCCAUGGGGGUGGCAUCGACGUACACGACGGAGCCUGAGACCACGCCCGUCUCGCCGCUUCGGCGCAAAAGCAGGUCCGGGGACCUCGAGGCAUCGCCGCCGCCUUCCACGCCCAAGGUCCGGCUUCGGCAGAAGAGGCAGCUGCAGGUGGAGUCCUCCUAUCCUGUGAACACGGAGAUCUUCGAGAGGAAGCUGGCUUGA